AUGAGCGGUUCUGAAUCUGACCAAAGCUCUCAGUUCAGUAUGAUGGAAGAACUUGUAACAGAUUUGGCAUCAUGGGAGCCGUUUACAGUUGCAUUAUACUGUGGAAACACCAAGCCGACUGAUGUUAAUGCAUUUUUGAAAGACUUUGUUGAGGAAAUAAAAGACCUUCAGGAAACAGGAAUCAUAUUUAACAAUGUGUGUUAUGAAAUAAAAAUUUCUGCUCUGGUUUGUGACACCACAGCGCGAGCUUUUAUUAAACGUAUUAAGGGUCACAGUGCAUAUCAUGGAUGUGAUAAAUGUGUACAACAUGGUUUUUAUGCCGGGCGUACAACUUUUACGGAAACAGCAGCAGCUCUUGGAACAGACUCAUCAUUUAUAGAAAUGAAAGAUCAGAAACAUCAUUAUGGAAAAAGCCCACUUGUUGCUAUUCUAUCAUUAGGAUUGAUAUUGAAGGUACCUGCAGACUACAUGCAUUUAGUUUGUCUUGGCGUAAUAAAGAAAAUGGUUUUUAUGUGGCUCAAGGGACCUUUAGCCACCAGACUUGGCCCACGUGUGGUCAAAGAUCUAUCAGAAAAAUUGGUUGACAUGAGACCUUUUAUUCCAUCAGAAUUUGCGCGCAACCAUUGCUUUAUAAAAAAUAAAGCGGCAAUAAAUUGUGAAAUACCAUCUGAAAAAUGGUCUAAACAUUCUUGUCGAAUUUUAGGGACCAAAGAUUCGUAUGCAAAGGCCAGAUCUGAACUUGGUAAAGCUGAGAUAACAUCAGAUUUACAGAGUGAUGUAGAUGUUUCAAGACUACGUACAAAACGUAUUCAGAAAUAUCUUAAAGAUGACAACGAUAAUAGUGAUGAGUAUUCUGACAAGGAUUCUCAGCAAAUAAAUAAACAACCCCUUUGCCAAGUUUCUAAGAAAAGGGAAGGUUCUGCAGAAGGAAGCAACAGACGAUCGAAAACUAAAUCUCACAAACCAGCCCCUAAAGCACCUCCGUUUCCUGUGUCUUGUCCUUGCUCUUUAACACCUUCAUCUCCUGUAAUCAGUGAACGAGCCAUACCAGAAUCAAUUUCACAGCCAUUUACUAGAGCUAUUGAACGAGGCUCUGAGUUAUCUACAUCACAUGUAGCUAGUCAACAAUCUGUAACACCUGCAACCACAAGUAGUUGGCAAUCUGCAACAUCUACAUCUGCUGCUUGUUACCGAAUUUCAACACAUGCAGCAUCAGAAUUGCAUACAAUCAGUCGGCAUAAUUUAGAAGAUAUAUCAUUUGUUUCAGCAGGCGCCUUUAUAGAAGGAGAGUUAGAACAAGUGAAAGCCAACCUUGUUCCUAAUAUUCCGACUAGCUUGUCAAUUUCAGCUACUAGUUUGAAUGCCACAGAAUUGUCUACAGCAGCUAGUCAUACAUCUGCACAAACAUCAAACAGUGUUUUAAAUAAAAUAUUUACUCUUUUAGUUGAGUUGAAAAGCGAAGUAGCUAAUCUUCAGAAGCAGACUACUUACAACACUACUAUGUUGCAGACUUUGUCACAAGGUGGGAUACAAGACGAUGGAAACAUUUUUGAAACUCUUGAUCUUCCUGUAUGUGACCGAAAACAGCUGCAGCAUCUUGAAGAUAUAAUUACUAAAGACAAUCUUUUAUUUAAUAAACUUGUGCAUGGUGUUGCUUCGAAGGGCGGUCAGGACCUGAAGGAAGCCGUUGGAAGGAUGGUUUCCUCUCUUAUGGAAAACGACGUAGUAAAACAAAUGAAUUGGUCAGGACUUGGUGAAAAUCUAAAAAAACCCUUUCGUGAUUUGAAAUGGCGACAAGUUCUGGAAAAUAACUCAGAGCCUCGUUCAAUAGCUCUAGUAAAUGGCUGUGAAAUUGAUUCUGGUAUGGCUCGUUCACUGAUUACAGGAGAUGAAGGUGUUAAAGAGCAAGGACAAGACACAGGAAACGGAGGUGCUUUAGGGGCUGGUUUGUGA